AUGGGUGUGUCAUGGACAAUUCACUCAGGUCUUUCCCUGGUCUAUGUCAUAGGAGGACAGUUUGCAAUUGCCGAAAGCCUUUUGUGCCUCAGGAAGGAUGUCACUCAGCUUCUGCUUUGGCCAACCUUUGCCCUGCUGCAGAUGUGGCUAAGAAUUGGUAACGCCUCUUUCCUUUCUGUGUCUUCAGCUGUCAGAUUAGUUGAAAACACAGCAACUGUCAUUUUGCAGCUUUUGUGGCUUGUUUGUGGGAUGAGAACAAUGCUGGACAAAUUUGCCAGCAUAAGAAUUCCAGGGAGCAAGAAAGAGCGCCCCCCUCUUCCCAAUCUGAAGACUGCGUCUGGAAGCAGCAGUCGCUCAUCAGUGUCUUCCGAGACAAUGGAAAACAUUCCAAAGCCGCUGUCUGAGAACGAAGUCUUAAAACUCUUCGAGAAGAUGAUGGAAGAUAUGAAUUUAAAUGAAGAUAAAAAGGCACCAUUGCGGGAAAAGGACUUCAGUAUCAAAAAAGAAAUGGUGAUGCAGUACAUUAAUACUGCUUCUAAGACAGGAAGUCUUAGAAGUAGCCGACAGAUCUCACCUCAGGAAUUUAUUCAUGAGCUGAAAAUGGGGUAUACUGAUGAAAGACUUUUCACUUAUCUAGAGUCACUGCGAGUAUCAUUGACCAGUAAUCCUGUGAGUUGGGUGCAAAGCUUUGGCCAUGAGGGACUAGGAUUAUUACUGGACAUUUUGGAAAAACUGAUUAAUGGGCAAAUCCAAGAAAGAGUUGUAAAGAAGAGUCAGCACAAAGUCAUUCAGUGUCUGAAAGCCCUGAUGAACACACAGUAUGGCUUAGAAAGAAUCAUGAGUGAAGAGAGGAGUCUUUCCUUGUUGGCGAAAGCCAUGGAUCCCAAGCAGCCGGGUAUGAUGGCAGAUGUGGUGAAGCUGCUUUCUGCAGUGUGCAUUGUGGGGGAGGAAAGCAUCCUUGAAGACGUUUUAGAAGCCUUGACUUCAGCUGGAGAAGAAAGAAAAAUUGACAGAUUUUUUUCCAUUGUUGAAGGCCUUCGGCAUAAUUCAGUGCAACUGCAAGUAGCUUGUAUGCAGCUCAUAAAUGCCCUUGUUACAUCUCCUGAUGAUUUGGACUUCAGGCUUCACAUCAGAAAUGAAUUUAUGCGUUGUGGAUUGAAAGAGAUAUUGCCAACUUUAAAGUGUAUUAAGAAUGAUGGCCUGGAUAUACAACUUAAAGUCUUUGAGGAGCACAAAGAAGAAGAUUUGAUUGAGUUCUCCCAUCGCCUUGAUGAUAUUAGAGCUGAAUUUGAUGAAGCAUCUGACGUUUAUAACAUGGUGUGGGACACAGUUAAGCAAACUAGAGCAGAGGGAUAUUUUGUUUCUAUUCUUCAGCAUCUUCUGCUCAUUCGAAAUGACCAUUUUAUAAGACAACAGUACUUCAAACUAAUUGACGAGUGUGUAUCACAGAUUGUGUUGCAUAGAGAUGGAAUGGAUCCAGACUUCACCUACAGAAAAAGACUAGAUUUGGACUUGAGUCAGUUUGUAGAUGUUUGCAUAGAUCUGGCAAAACUAGAAGAGUAUGAAGAGAAAGCAUCAGAGAAUUGCAAGAAAUUUGAAAAAGAGUGUACUGACCACCAAGAAACCCAGGCUCAAUUGCAGAAAAAGGAGGCAAAGAUUAAUGAGCUUCAAGCAGAGUUACAAGCUUUUAAAUCUCAGUUUGGGGCCUUGCCGCCUGGCACAAAAAUUCCUUUGCAAGCUUCAGUGGAAGGUGACACUAGCCCUUCAGCCCUUCCUCCUGCCCCACCAGCCCUGUGUGGGGGAGUGCCGCCUCCCCCACCUCCUCCCCCACCUCCUCCCCCGCCUCCCCCACUUCCAGGAAUGGCAAUGCCAUUUGGUGGGCCAGUGCCACCACCACCUCCCCUGGGAUGUCUCAGUGGGCACAGCUCUCUUCCAUUAAACCUGCCAUUUGGGUUGAAACCAAAGAAAGAAUUUAAACCUGAAAUCAGCAUGAGAAGAUUGAAUUGGUUAAAGAUUGGACCAAAUGAAAUGUCUGAAAAUUGUUUCUGGAUAAAAGUAAAUGAAAAUAAGUAUGAAAGUACGGAUUUGCUUUGUAAACUUGAGAACACAUUUUGUUGCCAACAAAAAGCGAAAAGGAAUACAAAUGAUUUUGAAGAGAAGAAAGUUAUUAAGAAAAGAAUUAAGGAACUUAAAUUUCUAGAUCCUAAAAUUGCUCAGAACCUUUCAAUCUUCCUGAGCUCCUUCCGGGUGCCUUAUGAGGAAAUCAAGACGAUGAUAUUGGAAGUGGAUGAAACACAGUUGUCAGAGUCUAUGAUUCAGAACUUACUAAAGCAUCUUCCUGAUGAAGAGCAAUUGAAUUCAUUGUCCCAGUUCAGAAAUGACUAUAACAACUUGUGCGUACCUGAGCAGUUUGCUGUUAUGAUGAGCAAUGUGAAGAGACUGCGGCCACGGCUCAGUGCUGUUCUCUUUAAGCUUCAAUUUGAAGAGCAGGUGAACAACAUCAAACCUGACAUCAUGGCUGUCAGUACUGCCUGCGAGGAGAUCAGGAAGAGCAAAAGCUUUAGCAAGCUGCUGGAACUUGUGUUGCUAAUGGGGAACUACAUGAACGCUGGCUCCCGGAAUGCUCAAACCUUCGGAUUUGACCUUAGCUCUCUCUGUAAACUAAAGGACAUAAAAUCAGCAGAUCAGAAAACAACACUCCUUCAUUUCCUGGUGGAUAUAUGUGAAGAAAAGCACCCGGAUAUCCUGCACUUUGUUGACGAUUUGGCACAUUUAGACAAAGCUAGUAGAGGUUUGGUUUUAUUUAGAACUAUGUAUGUCUUUGCUCUGGUCUUCAGUUCUCAGAGACAGAAAAUAAUGCUUUUUAUCUGCACAUAUCUAUUUUGUUAA